AUGGAGCACAAGGAGUCUAAGGUCCGUGCUAUGGAGCAGAAGUUGCAAGAACAAGUUAAGAAGGCGUUGGAGAGUCGUAGAGUGGUCCAUGAGGAGCAGGCCGCUGCUGAGGCGGUUGAGGCGGCGGCACGGACUGCCGAGAUGGAGGAGAAGCUGGCUGAGGCUGAGGCUGCCAUACCGUACCAGCCUCGGGCAGAGACGCGUAAACGCUUCGUAUUGGAUAUGUCGGUGUUCCACGAUAAACGAUCACGGUCUAGCGGUGUUAGGGGGGAUCUGGACGUACAGGGGUAUUCCAAGGCUGAGUUGGCUGAGCUAUUGCGGGUACCCGUUGAGGAGGUAGAGGACGUUGCUGAUCUACUCAGAGACGACUACUUACUGCUACCACGGGCUCGUUACCCUGAGGACAUGGCUGAGGCUAUAAGCCAAGAGCUCACCCGUCGGAGCCUCAGACAGCAUUUGCGCCGGGCUGAGGGUCGUGUGAGACCCCCUGUUAUCACAGUCAUGGGACACGUUGACCAUGGUAAGACGACGCUGCUGGACGCACUGCGUAAGAGUAAUGUCGCGGCUGGGGAAGCUGGUGGGAUCACGCAGAGGGUUGGAGCUUUUACUAUGAUCGGUCCAGCGACUGGGGAGAGGGUUACCUUCAUCGAUACACCUGGGCAUGCUGCCUUCUCCUCUAUGAGGGAAAGAGGCGCUAAUGUUACCGAUAUUGUGGUCGUACCUAUAUGUGCACCCAAGGAGGAGGGGCUGGUGGAGUUGGAGGAAGCCAUGCUGUUGGAAGCCUCUGUUAUCGACGAGAAGGACGAGACUACUAUGCCGGCGAGAGCAUUUAUAUUGGAAUCUCGUCUUCAUCAUCGACAAGGGAGGAUCCUGAAUCUCGUUAUACGUGACGGUACGCUGAAGGUGGGGGAGUGGGUGACGGUCGGGGAGAAUGCUGGACGAGUGCGGACCAUAUGGCAUGCAGGCCGGGAGACUUAUCCCACAGAGGGAGACCUUGAUGAGGCAAUACCUUCUGACGCGGUGGAUGUCUCUGUGGUGUGGACCGUCACCAGUGCGAAGCAUGGAGGAGUUGUUGGUUCAGCAGGGGACUUGCUACAAGCUCAUCCGAACCAACGAGUGGCUGAGGAGAUCGCGAAGUCUGCUAGGCUUGCUAGGAUGCAGGAGGAGCUCCAGACAACUCCACAGGACAAGGGAGAGCGUGCCGCUGGAAAACACAUUAAGAAAGUACUGUCGCGUAACGACCCGACUAUGCAGCGAAGGAUCGACGAGUGGCGAGAAAAGGAGGUGUAUAUGGAUCUUAAGGAACAGGAAGAUGAAGACCAAAUCCAGAGGAUGGUGGAGGGCACGGAUAGGCAGGUUGGCGUUAUACUCAAGGCGGCUUCCGAGGGGCAGCUCAAGGUCCUCCAUGCCUGGCUUGAGGAAUACUCUCAUGCACAGUCGUUCCACAUUGCGGCUGCUUCUGUGGGCCAGCCUACGGACCAUGAUGUUGACUUUGCUAGGCAGACAGGUUCAUUCAUUCUGAGCUUCCAAGAGCCGCCGAAGCAGGCCGUUAUAGACCGUAUGCGCUCCGCUGACCUGGUCCUGCGUCAUAGCGAGAUCAUAUAUAGAUUAUUCCAGGACGUUGAGGACAUCUACGGCUAUCAUUAUGGUCCUCGGGAGAUCUACACUCGAGUGUGUCGGCUGAGUCUUGGGAAACCUGCACCGUUCUUUAUCAAGGGCGAAGGCACUAGGACGAUCGGCCGAGCGACGCUUAGAGACGGCGUGGCGACAUCUGGGGAUAAGGUCAGCUACAAUUUACUCAGGAAAAUGGGCGGUGAUUCGUCUCAAGUUGAAGUUGUUCGAGAAGGGUUGAAACUCCGCAGUAUAACCGUGGACAGGAUGACUGUAAAGCAAGUCCCCAAGGGGCAGGAAGCAGGCAUACUGUUCGAAGACUUUGAUGAUCUCGAGGAAGGAGAUGUCCUGGAAGGCUUCGAACGUUCGGAGCGCCCUCCUUUGUUUGGAGUACUGAAGAAGCCUCGCUUCUACCAUGAGGCUUAA